AUGGCUGAUAUAAUAAGUAAUUUACCAGACGCUAUUCUCUGUCACAUUCUCUCUUUUCUUCAAACCGAACAAUCCGUCGCUACAAGCAUUCUCUCAAAGAGGUGGAAACAUCUAUGGCUCUCAGUUCCCACUUUGCGCUUCCAACAGACACUUCCAGAACGAAUCACAGCAUCUGAGUUUAAAGAUUUUGUAUACUCUAUUUUGGUUUCGCGAGAUGUCACACUUCCCAUUAAGACUUUCCACCUUGACGUUACAUACAGACAUCUUUUUCAGUGCUUCAUGAUCACUAUAACCAAAUGGCUCAAUUUUGCGAUACAACAAAGAGUUGAGUACCUUUAUCUCCGUCUCACCUCAUUGUUACUUCCCAAAUUUCCCAUCACCAUUCUCACUUGCAAAACACUUGUGGUUCUCAAGCUUUUUAGUUUCCACGUGGAAGAGGCUUUAUCAGAUUCUUCUGUUCUACUUCCUUCUCUCAAAACCCUUCAUUUGGAAUAUAUUUCGUUCCCUAAACUUCGAGACUUUAUCAUGUUUCUAUCUGGAUGUCCAACUCUCGUGGAUUUUCGAACAUCUAAUAUAGAGUUUGAUUCUUAUGAAUCUCUAUCUUGUAGCGAGUGGAACAGCUUUUGCUUGACGAACUUGACCAGAGCUGAUAUUGAUUAUACACUACAAGAAAUACUGCAAUUUGCCAGGGGCUAA